AGAAAUCCCGAGCGAUCCCAACUUCGGAGUGCGCCGCCAGUCCUCCCGAGCCCGGGCUAUGGGCGCCGGGGCUCCGGGAGGGGGCGCGGAGGUGGGAAUUUGCGAAGCCGAGCAGCGGCGCGGACGGCGGGACUCGGGGCAUGGCUCAGCUGUCGGUGAUCCCGGGAUCGGCCACGGCGUGGACAAGGCUGCUCACCGAGGGCGGCCGCAAGGAGACGGACAUGCGGGAGGCGGCGUCGCUGCGGCAGCAGCGCCGAAUGAAGCAAGCCGUGCAGUUCAUCCACAAGGACUCGGCCGACCUGCUGCCCCUGGACGGCCUCAAGAAGCUGGGCUCUUCCAAGGACACGCAACCUCAUAACAUUCUGCAGAGGCGCCUCAUGGAAACCAACCUGUCUAAGCUCCGAAGCAGUCGUAUCCCUUGGGCCUCCAAGACCAACAAACUCAAUCAGGCUAAGUCUGAGGGACUAAAGAAGUCUGAGGAUGAGGACAUGAUUUUGGUUUCUUGCCAGUGUGCUGGAAAGGAUGUGAAAGCCUUGGUUGACACAGGCUGUCAAUAUAAUCUCAUCUCUUCAGCCUGUGUGGAUAGACUGGGACUCAAGGAGCAUGUUAAAUCUCACAAGCAUGAAGGAGAGAAGCUUUCUCUACCCCGGCAUCUGAAAGUCGUGGGCCAGAUUGAGCACCUGGUGAUCACACUGGGCUCCCUCCGCCUGGACUGCCCAGCAGCUGUGGUUGAGGACAAUGAGAAAAACUUGUCCCUUGGUCUCCAGACUCUCCGAUCCCUGAAGUGCAUCAUAAACUUGGAUAAGCACCGGCUGAUCAUGGGGAAGACAGACAAGGAAGAAAUCCCUUUUGUGGAGACAGUGUCCUUGAAUGAAGACAACACUUCAGAAGCAUAACUUCUGCAUACACACCGGGUUGACAGAUUGAGAAAACUGGGUUUGAACCAAAUGCAGUAGCAACUUGCUGUGGACCAAGUCUUUCCCUUUAAUAGAAGCUCCAGGGGCUCCUUCCCACCCAGACCUCUCUAGACUUUAGUCUGUGCUUAGAGAUCUUAUCUGGUUAUAGCCAUUGUUUUUUACUCCUUCAAUCACUUAAUUUAUAGACCUUUUUGACACUGCCAGGUCUCACUAGUGGCCUAUUUCUCUGCUUCUUCCAGGAAUUUGCUUUUAUUAGUCAAGUAUAGGGGCUGCCAGGUUCUAUUUCUUCCUAGAUACACUUGCUUCUUUUCCUAUAGCUAAAAUGUAUAAUAAACAGGAACCCGACCUUUACCUUCCUUCAGCUGUUUCAAAGGGGUGCGGGAUACCUAUGUCUCAGAAUUAGAGUUUCUUCUAAUUCAUUCAUUGAUUUAUCAAGUAUGAAUUGAUCUGAAAGAACCCAGAGAGAUUAUCUAGUCCAGCCCUUUCAUUUAAAUGUCCAGAGAGGCAAGUGAAUUGCAUAAGCUUCUAUACUAAGACAGAGGAAAAAGAGACCCAGAACUCAGACCUGACAAGCCAAGGCUAUGUUCAUUCUCUCCUGGUGCUUCAUUUGUCUUCAAGCCAUUAAAGGAGGACAAAGAGGGGAGGGUUUGUGAAAACACAGGGUAGGGGAAGAAUAUGCUUUGGGGAUGGAUGCUAGGAGGAUCUGAGUAGCCCUGUUUCCUGUUUGCUAAGCUAAGU